UCCCCCCUCAUAACAGUCUCCGAUCGGAGAAUUAAACGACGAUUGUACGGCGUGUUCCGUUUCACGGCGACGAUAUGGGAUUUCCGGUCGGUUAUACUGAUCUUUUCCUCCCCAAGCUACUGGUUCACGUCCUCACCCUUCUAGGCUUUCUCAGGAGAUUCAUUACCGCGAUUUUCGGCUUUCUGGGCCUCGGCGACUUCUUGGAACCCGAAAUGUCGUUCCCGGACCGGGAGGAAUCGGCGUCGGAGCUCCACUCCGUCUCCGCCGCCCUGAUCCGGGAGCUCCUGCCGGUGGUGAAGUUCUCGGAGCUGGUGGACCCGCCCGAGAGCUGCGCCGUGUGCUUGUACGAAUUCGACGGCGAGGAUGAGAUCCGACGGCUGACGAAUUGCCGCCACAUCUUCCACCGCAACUGCCUCGACCGCUGGAUGGACCACGAUCAGAAAACGUGCCCGCUCUGCCGGACGCCGUUCAUACCGGAAGAUAUGCAGGAGAGCUUCAAUGAGAGACUGUGGCUCGCCUCCGGGAUUUCCGAUUUCUACGGCGAUUAUCCGACGGUCGCCGCCGGUUUGUAGUGGCCGCAAUCUUUUUUUUUUUUUUUAAUAUAUAAAAAAUAUAUAAUAUAUAUUUUCUUUUGUUUUCUUUUAUUAAAAUAAUGUACAGAAUGUAUAACGAGGAAAAAGAAAGAAUGUAGAAUUGUAGAGUUGUAGUUGUCAAUUUUGAAAAUAUGCUAAUGAAAUUCACAAUUACUCUUCUUCUUUUU